AUGUACGACUUCCACUAUAAUGUGAUGGCACCUAAAUAUGGGAAAAACAUUAUACUGUUGUACAUGGAUACGGAUAGUUUCAUCUAUGAUAUAAAAACUGAUGAUUUCUAUGAAGAUAUGAAAGGAAUGUAUGGAAUGCCGCGAGUUAAUAAAAAGGUUUUGGGGAAGAUGAAGGAUGAAAAUGCAGGGGGGAUCUUGGAAGAGUACGUUGGCUUAAUAUCUAAGAUGUAUGCCUGUAAAACUGAAAAAGACUUAGUUAAAAAAUCAAAAGGUAUUAAGAAAUGUGUAGUGAAAAAUAGAAUUACUUUCGAGGAUUACAAAAACUGUCUAUUCUCACAUCAAAAACAGUACAGAUCUAUGAAUCUCAUUAGAAGCACAAAACAUAAUAUUCAUUCCAUACAAGUAAAUAAGAUUGCCCUUUCAGGAGAUGAUGACAAGCGGCACAUAUUACCAGAUGGUAUCCAUACCUUGGCUCACGGUCACUAUGCGAUAAAGAGCAACCUCAAAAGUCACCUGUACAGACGCCAGGCGAAGGAUCAGCAUUUUGGUAAGGCCCCCAAGAAACCUCUCCUCUAUAAUAGCUCGGCUACGUACUGAACAUUUCAAGGGUAUCACCAACUGGUCCUAUCCCAACUGCUGUCCUGAAUCCCUCAUGCCUCUUCGAACUCCGCCAAUAGA